UGAAGGGGUUUCAUCACAAUUACGAUUAUCGUCUAAUAGCUCGCAUUAAUCCAUUUUGGCUUAAAUUUGAUCCACCCACUGAGACCUAUUACCGGACCAUGGCAAUUCUUUAUAUGGUCAUAUUUUUUGUGGGAACAUUUGGUAAUGGUUUGGUAAUUUUUAUGUUUGUCAAAUGUAAAAACCUAAGGACGUCACCGUAUAUGCUGGUCCUAAAUCUGGCCAUUAGUGAUUUUAUAAUUGUUUUUAAAUGCCCCCUGGCAGCUCUAAAUAAUUACAUGAAUGGUCCUGUGCUGGGAGAUUGGGGUUGCCGAAUCUAUGGAUUUAUUGGUGGCCUCAGCGGCACAGCUUCUAUUGGUAUGCUGACAUUUAUUGCCCUGGAUCGUUAUAGCGUUGUGGUCAACCCCCUCAAUCCGAAUCGCAUCAAUUAUAAUACCCAAUUUUAUGCGUUGUGUAUAGUUUUUGUAUGGUUAUAUGCAUUGACAUUUUCCUCCAUGCCCAUGUUUGAUGUUGGCCUCUCCCGCUAUGUACCGGAAGGAUAUUUCACCACCUGUUCAUUUGAUUACUUGGAUACAUCGACAAAGGCACGUGUAUUUAUGUUUGUAUUUUUCAUAUGUGCCUGGAUGGUACCGCUGACUGUGAUCUGUUAUUGCUAUUUUCAUAUCUUGAAAGUGGUGUUCACAGCUCGCGAUACUCUGCCGAGUAAUAAAAAUAAACAGAAAAUUGAAAUGCGCCUGGCUGUGGUUGUACUCUUGGUAAUACUGUUGUGGUUCAUUGCAUGGACUCCGUAUUCGAUAGUGGCCAUUUGUGGCAUCUUCGAACAGGAACAGUAUCUGACACCGACCAGAGCCGGAAUACCGGCGAUAUUUUGCAAAACCGCAUCUUGUCUGAAUCCAUUUCUCUAUACCAUAUCGCAUAAACGCUUUCGCCAGGAACUGUUGAAGUUAUUCUGCAAACGCAAGCCAAGCUUACGUUACUCCUUGACACGUUCGUCCUUUGUGACAAAGUCGUCGCGGAAAAAUCAAAAUCUAGUUAUAACUCCGGGAACCAGUAUACGGUUUCGUGACAUUGCCGGUGGUGGGAGUUUGUAUCAGCAACGACCAACGGCCUUUAAGCGGAAUGUGCGAUCAGCAUCGGCCAUUGGUGAUGGUCUAAUGCGGGAGAUCGGUGGUAAUGGUAGGUUGGCGAGGCAAGUACAACAACGUUGUUCCAUGGUGGCUGAAAGAAGCAUCUCACGAUGUAGUGAAGCCAGCCCGACGUCGUCAAAUUCCAUUGUGACCGGCCGCGAAGGCAGUGGAGUUUUUGUUGUCGACAAAAAACCGACCGCCGGGGGAUCCGAAGAAGAUGUGAUUUUCAUUGUGAGUGGUGGUCGUUCCUCGGUACAGGAAUCUCUGGCCACACAGGUUUUUGUCAUCGGCACCGAUACCGGCGGUAAUCUAUAUCUAAAUCUGGACCGAUUUUCUCAAAACUUGGCAGAC